UCACGGCCCAAUCUCAAAUCAUAAAUCUCCCUCUCAAUUGCCCCUUAAUUCCGUCCGCAAAAACGUGACUGGGAUUACUUAUUUCGACCGGGACAACACUUCCUCAGUCCUCAGAAUGCGAAAUGGCGAUCGGGCUAGUUGACAUUCCUAUCUGCAAACUUGCUCGGUUAUACUCCUCGGUAGGCGUCCUCUUCCUCAAAAAUUGCCCGGUUUUCGCCUCGACUCUUCAACCUGUCCUUUCAGUUCUGACGUCGUCAUAAAUGGGGACACGUGGCAGGCUUCCAUUGGACCUCGAGCAGCCAACCCAGCCGUCCGCCAGAAUUUGAAUUCUUGGCGGUUUCUCCGUCUAUACAUACAAGCCCCCUCUUCCUCAUUUCGCUCCUACUGCCUCUCUGCAAUCCGACGCUUCAGAGCUCAAGCAACUUUCUCCAAGCCUCAUCUGCCAUUCUUCGUGCUCGAAGGAAUAGUCCCUGCCCUUCACUGGUAAGUCCUUCAACUCCUCUUUUGUUGCUAUCUUCUUAAAUAUUUCACACAUUAGGGUACUAAAACAUAGUUCUUAGGACGUAGGCCAUAGAAAUCGUCCCAAACCUCCCACUAUUCAUAGUGUUCUUUAUUUUCGCUGAUGAACUUCGAAGAACUGGGGCGGACCGGGCUCCCAGUCUUCGUUUGAUCCAAAAAACCAUCUCGACCGAGCAAAUAACCUGUUAGAUAUAACUGUAGCAAGAACCGGGAUAACAAAGGUCUUUGGCCACUCAACCGGGCUAAAAUCUGGUCUGCUUGGGCGGCCGAGCUCCUUGUCAGCCUCUACGACCGAGGUGGUUUGGCACUCGUGACGACCGAGCUAAAGUCAAGCUCGCUUUGCGCGACCGCGCUCCCACUUACACUUGCCCUCCUUUUCCUGCAGAGUCCAAGGGGACCACUGUCCAAUCCUGAGGCUCCUAAAGACCAAGCAGCCACAAAUCACCUGACAGUGCCAAACCAAAGCCGAGCUAAUUUAGCCGGUCGUAAAUGGAGAAAUUCCGCUUCCUCGUAGAUACUCCGGCUGCACUAGCUGCAUUCAGGGAGGAGUGCGGCAUCCCGGCCGAUGUCCACCUAGAGCUCGUAGAAGAAGAGACCACGCCUUGGGACAAAACAGAACAAUGCCCCUUCACCGUGCUGUUGAUCGUCGAAGGAGGCCUCCGCUUCCCACUCAACCCACUUAUCACUGAGUUCCUCCGCCGCACCGGGCUGGCACCCACACAAGUGUCCACCAACACUUACCAAAUUAUCAACGGCGUCCAUGAACUGAACAAUCGGCUAGGUACCAACUUAGGUCUAGCCGAGAUAUUAAGGCAAUACACUAUGGGUCACACCGGUGACGACCUAGCCUAUUACUUGAAAAUCAGACCAGGCAAGGAGAAACUUGUAACCGGCACCCCGGAUAAAGACUUGCACGACGACGAUUUUUUCUGGGUGUCGGGUAAUUACGAAAUAGCCGAGGUACCGGGCUGGUUUAUAAGCAGAACUUCGGUUCCUCAUGUAAGCCGCUCAAACUUGCUCGGUCAGCUUACCUUCUUUAUUCUGUAAUUAACCAGUUUUCUUAUUUCUUUUGCAGCAAUCCAAGCCUUGCAAGCCAACUACCAAUUUCCCAACGUAGAGGCAAUUCGGACCGUGCUCCGCCAUCGCAACCGAGAUUGCAACGAGCUGGUCGGCUACACUCCAACCUACAGAUACUCUGCUCCCCGCCGGAGUAAAGUUACAGACUUCCUCCGUGCUCCAUCACCUCCACCAGAUCCAACUUUGCCAGACGUUCCACUAAUCCGGUUGACAGAAGAGCAAGAAAUGGCCAAACGAAGCCGAAUCAAAAACCUGCUCACCGCAACGUCUGCCGAGAUACCGAGUGUCGCCACCCGCUCUCCAGCCGCCGGUCAGUCAAGGGGCACCAUGGUCGCCCUUGCUUCUCAAGCUGCCGGGGAGUCAAGCCAAGUAACACGCCGGGCUGGCAAAAAAGCUCUCGCGGACCCGUCUGCCGAGCUGAUUACCGAACUAUCCACUGAGCAACCUACCGUCACAGCUGAACCAACGCCGGCAUGGAGACCGCAGCUCAAGCACCGGGGAAAAGAGAUCCCGGCAACGGCUUCCGUCAAGGGAGACAAAGAACAUCUUCUUGCCUUUGAUCUCUCCAAAGCCCUUCUCCUGCCGAGCGACGUGGUUGGCAGCGACCACGUUCCUGACACCCGGCUGGUGAAAUCAGCCGUGAAGUCUAUGACCAGGGCCAUCCAAAAACAACACUUAGUCAUGGAGCGCAUCCACCGACUUCGGCAAAAGGCAGCCGACACUGACAGCCAAGUCCAAAGCCUCCAAGCCGAGCUUGGCCGGGCAAAAGCAUCUCUCCAAAUCACCAAUGCUGACAACAACAGGUUGCACGGUCAGCUUGACGAGGCCGAGAAGAAGCGCGAUGAGCUCCAGGCCGAGCUGGACGCCCUGAAAAAGUCAAGGAAGAAGGACUGCCAGAUGCAAACAACGCCGGCUUCCUAGAAGCCGAGGGAAGCUACAAGAAGCAGGUCUUCGCUACCCAAAACAUCUACUUCAAAGCGGGUUAGAAGUCUGCCUGCGAGCAUCUCGGUCAGGGACCUGAUACUGACGUCUUGGCCACCCUGCCGCUUGCUUCCCUGCCGGCCUACCUCGUGCCAUAUGCCAAUGACGUCUUCAGUGCAUUGCAGGCUGAGGCCGAGGAAGAGCUUGAAGAGGAAGAGGCCGGGGAAGAUACUGACGGAGAGGAGCAACCAGAACAGGAGCAGCCCGGCCGAACUGAGCCCGGUGUUGAGGACCGAUCUCUAGUAGUGAACUUGGAGACAACUCUAGAUGAUGAAUUCACCAAUCUCUCCCCCUUAGCGUAGUUUUCUUUUUUUUAAUUGCUUUGCACAUGUAACCGGGCUCUCUGCCCCUCCUUUUGUAUUAACUUUCUAUCAAUAAAUAACUUUAAUUGCAACAAGUGUUCGCACGGUUUUCUCGAACUCUAUUUUCAGCAGAACAUCUCGGUUUCAAUCACAAAGUUGUACAAAUCACCAACUAACCUGACCGGAGUUAAUAUCUCGGUUUUAAUUCUGAGAAUUGAACAAACCAUCAACUCCUUCAACCGGAGUAGGGCAUCUCGAUUGGAAUCUCUGAGUUGGACAAACCACCAACUCCUUCAACCGGAGUAACUCAUCUCGGUUGGAAUCUCUGAGUUGGACAAACCACCAACUCCUUCAACCGGAAUAAUUCAUCUCGGUUGGAAUCUCUGAGUUGGACAAACCACCAACUCACCUGACCGGAGUUAACAUCUCGGUUUUAAUUCUGAGAAUUGAACAAACCAUCAACUCCUUCAACCGGAGUAGGGCAUCUCAGUUGGAAUCUCUGAGUUGAACAAACCACCAACUCCUUCAACCGGAGUAACUCAUCUCGGUUGGAAUCUCUG